AUGUCUUCCCCCAGACUCAUUCCCCUGUGGAAGGAUUUUAAAUACCUCAUAAGUGACAUACCUAAAAGCAAGGAAAAUUUAGAUGAUUCAAAGAAUGAUGUAGUUGUGCUGAGUGACCGGUCUGAGAUACUAUUCAAAGAGUCUCGUCAUCCUCAGAAUAUGCCAUUUAUAUGCUAUUACUUCAGUGAUGCCGACUUCUUUGCCUCCCUCUCAUGGGUGACAAGCACAAAAGAAAUACAGGCUGUAGUAUGGAUGAAGAGCAAAACUGAGGACAUGGUCGAGAAGAGAACAUUCUCCAUGACUGAACGAUUGCCGCCCAUCCAGUGUAUGGUACACACAGGUUCCUUUCAUAACCUUGUGGCCUACUGUGGUGACUUGCUUCUGCGGCUCUUUGGGGACCACUUUCGGUCAUUCAAACCCCUGGGUAUAGUGCCUUGCCGCUUUAACAUCAACUGCCUCUGCUAUGACCCAGAAAUGAAGAUGCUUCUGUCAGGUAUCCUGGGGGCAGUGGUCACCUGGACCAUUGAGCAAAGUGGCAGGGGCCUCCAAGUUGCCCACAUGGUUUCCAUGCCUGGUGAUGAACUUGUCCAGGACAUCAUAUUGAAUGGCCCCAGUGGCAACCUCCUAGCCCUGUGUGAGACUGUGGUGAGGGUCCUUGAGCGCCAGGGCCUGAGCCAGCUAGGAGAAGUGAAGAGGUUCACUUCUACCACUAGUGGCUCAUCUAUCACCUGCUGCUUCACCUGUUUUGAUCAGGGCUUUCUCUAUGCUGGAAAUAGGACUGGGUACAUCCAGGUAUGGAGCCUCAGUCAGAGCUACUCUUUCCACAGUUUCAAGGCCCAUUCUUCAUCAGUAAUAUGUAUCUGCAGCCGGCCAGAAGCCCACACCCUGCUAACAGCUGGUAAGGAGGGUUUCAUUAAGGAGUGGAGCCUUACUUCUGGGAACCUGCUGCGGCAACUAGAACUUGGCGAGGAAUUGUAUCGACUCCAAUUUAUUGAUAACAUUACUUUCUUCUGCCAAACUGCCCAUACUUUCUCCUUGCGCCGUCUGUCCUGUUUCUAUAGCCUCUUCAAUGUUUGUGGCUCUGCUCCAGAGCAGGUUCGUCGGGUCUGCUGUGGUAAUAACUGGUUCCGGAUCCUAUGUACUACGGAGGAUGGCUUGUUACGCUUUGUGUCCCCAGUAACAGGGGAGCUUCUGGUUCUCACCUGGCCCUUCUCAAUCCUGGACCAGGCUGUGGAUUGGGCCUAUGACUCAGAUAAAGAGGAACUCUUUGUAGCAACAGGGGGCUCAGAGGUGCUGGUCUUUGACACAACCCGCUGCCCUUGCCCAGCCAAGUAUCUUUUAUGCACCUCACCAAAUUCUCAGGACUCAGUACAAUGCAUGGCUUAUGGGCAUUUCCACCUGGGUCGGGGCCUAGAAGGACUAAUGUUUUCUGGAUACCAGAGUGGUAUGAUAAGAGUCCUUUCCCAGCACAGCUGUGCUCGAAUAGAGAAAUUCAUGCACUUUGGGGCUGUAUUGGCCCUCUCUACACUGCCUGGAGGGCUUUUAGGUGGCCGAGAAAACUCUUUGCUUUGUUCUUAUGGAAUGGAUGACUACAUACGCCUAUCAGAAACUGUGCUUAAUGGGACUAGAGUACACCUGCGUCCUCUAGCUAGCAUUCUCAGCAGCUGUCACCUAAAACACCUGAUACUCUUGCCAAAGUCUGUGGGUGCCAUCACAGAAACUAACUGUCUGCGUCUCUGGAAAUUCCAUGAUUUUCUGCCCUCUGAGACACAUGCAAAGUUUAUAGAGACGUUGCCUCUGCAUCAGUAUGCAAUUACUUCCUUUGAUGUAUGCCUGACCUUGAGUCUUUUUGUCACAGGUAGUAUUGAUGGCUCUGUUCGAAUAUGGAACUUUCAUGGUGGACUUGUAGCCAUGCUGGACUCAACAUUGCAUUUUGGUCCACUCUGCUUUGCAAAUGAUCGGGGUGACCUGCUUGUGACUUUCAACCAGAGUCUUUAUCUGGUAUCCUGUUUAAAACUACUUCCUCCAACCCUGUUGGUUCGCCUUUCCUUUAUGAGCAUCACAGAUGACGUGCUAGAAAUCCCUAAGCCUUUCAUACCAAGCUUCUUCUUCUCCUUUGAGACCAUAUUUGUGCCCAAGUAUAUCUACCUUGGACAAGGGCAACAAGUAUUAGUGGGUUUGGAGAAACUUGUCAAUAAGCGAGCCAUUGCCUUUGACCAUACUGUGCCACAUGUCAUAGAAGACGAUGAGCAAGGAAGCUCCGUAUUACUGUCUACCUCAAGACCUGGUUCCUUGAAAAGGGAAGACACUGUUAAACGCUUGAGCAAAUCUUAUCCCCAUUAUGUGGUUCCUCCCCAACUACAGUUGACUGCCUGGGAUGGACUCAACCCUUAUCAGAUACUGAAAUGCUACUUUGGUCAUGGGCGGAAAUGGCCCUUUGCUCCUGAUUGCUAUAUCCCCAACUCAGUGAUUCGUGCCCGUCUUUGGCCAGAGGGCAGCCCAAUAUACCUACAGUGCAACCUUCAUUCACCCAUACGGAAGUUGGAAUGGGACAAGUCUCAACAAUUCUUCUGGCACGGUAAGGUAAAACCUAUACAUGAUGUAAAAGAACCACAGGAAAAGGAAGAUGAAGACUUCAUAAAAAGGAGAAUGUCCAAGGACAUAACUUAUAGUGUCCUUACAGACACAACAAACCGUAGUUGGCUGGGAAAAAAGAUGAAUGAAGUAGCUAUUAAUAGCUUGAUUGAGACAAUCCUCAACAUUAUGAUUUAUGCUCCUCCUCCAUUGAAGUACCAACACUGUGUUAGUGCACUAGGGCAAAUCUUUGCUUCUUACCAAGUGUCUGCACCCCUGCGCUCUGAAACAGCCCAUCGUCUGCUGGAUGAUACAACCAAUUCUAAUCCACUGAUCCGAGAGCUAGCCUGGGAAGGGCUGAAUCGUCUAGGAAUUAUCACUCAUCUCUUUGCCAUGGCUCUGGCCCAAGGGUUAAUGGACAAGGACCAAAGAGUGAGGAAUAAGGCACUGAACCUCAUGGCUGACACUGGAAUCCACUCUAAGACUUCACUCUUAAACUUGAUCCAGAAUAGAGAUACUUUCCAGGGGAUGCAGCAGGAAAUGAUUGGUGAAGAAAGCCUGGACAGUCUGCUGGGGAUGCGUGUCACAGAUCUCCAAAUUCUUCAUACUCAAGUGGAGCAGCGAUUAAAUGAAAACCUGACCUUGUCACAUGGAGAUGAAAAGCCUUUUUUUUCUUUAGAUGUCUCAAGGAUUCCUAAAAUAAUAGCCGUUCUUGAUGAAUCUGAUAUAAUUCCAGACGAACCUGAAGUUGUCAUCAAGCCCAGCAAAGGCCACAGACGGGGCCGGGCAGGGGGAAGAAAGCAUGCCCAGAAGAAGUUGAAAGAGACUGGCACAGAGCCAAGUCCCUUAGAAGGUGAAAUUGAUCAGAGUAAAGUUGCACCAAUUGAGAUGGAGGAUACAGCCAUCUAUUUGAGUUCUCCAAUUUCUAAAGAUGCUGAACAACAGCCUUCAGAGAAAGAUAUCUCAAAGGAUGUCGCAAUGACCCUGAAAAUGCUAAGGAAAAUACAAGACAAAAUAGAAAAGAAAACAGCUCAGAAACAUAUAAAGAGGCAUAAAAAAAAGACAAAGCAAGCUGAAGUUAUAAUUGAGGAACCUCUGCCUGAUGUAAAGGAAGAACCAGUUGUGAAGAAGGUGCAAGACAUAGGGCGGGGUGCCUUUGGAACUCCUGGCCGCAGGGCUACCCCUGGAGAUGGCUCAUCCUGGCGAGAUGAUCUAUGUCGUCUUAUGACCCUGAGGAUAUCUGGUUCCCAAACAACAAUGUUGGAAUCUCUAAACACUGAGUUAGUAACCAUGGCUCAGAAGGUGCUGGCAGAUAAGCGCCCCAGCUGGGAGCUCUUUCAGAAGAUCUGUCCCCUGGUGAAGAAAGAAAGUGAAGUUCUGCUUGAGAACCUUGACUGGGAUGCAGCUUGGCCAGAGGAGAAACCAAUUUUUAUUCAUGAAGCAGCAGUUAGAGAGGACAUGGUGAGCAGGGACAGUAAAGAAAUACCAGAGGGGCAGGGUCAAGUACAAAAGGAAGCAGGGGAUAUACAGGAAUUACAGGAAAUCCAGGUGAUUUCCAAAAAGGGGAAGAAAAAGAAAGUUAUUUUUUUAGAACCAGGUGACCUAAUCAAGGGGAAACUAAUGCUGAAGCAAGAAGAUAAGAAAACCAUCUAAGAAGCCCUCUGUGCAAAAGAGGAAAGUAGUCAGAAGGAAAUAAAAGUGGAUAAAAAAGAGAAGAAAAUGACCACAAGAGAGUGGGAUGUGAGGUCUGAAGUGGGAGAAAUGGCCAAACUAGAGGAGAAAGUAGUUGAGCAAGAAGUAAGACCAGUUAUGGAUAAGAAGCAGCUGUCCUUUCAGGAAUGGAAAGAAUCCUGGGAUCAGUGGAAACAGGCUCAUGGUGAGACAAAGAUAUCCUGGAAUGAAUGGAAGAAGACUUGGGGAAAGGGAGACUCUUGAGGAAGAGGAGACAACUACAAGAGGACAAGAGAGAAGCUACCUCUAGAUGAGGAAAAGCUGGCUGGCGAAAAGAGGAAGCUGGGAUGGGAUGAGGGAGCACAUGUCUGGGAAACUAUGACAGACAUGUCCAGGGAGCAAAAGUUCAAGGAUGAAGAGGAAUUGAGCCUGGAGAUAGAAGAAUUGUCUCAGGAAAAAGAAGAAAAAGGAGAAGAAGAGCUGUUGACAGAAGAGCAGAGACAGAUCCAGAAAGAAUAUAAACAGCCCAGGUUGAGAAGAAACGAACCCAAGCUGAAAGAAAACGAGCCCAAGAAAGAGAGGAAGCUGGCACAAGAAGAAGAGAGGCUGGCACAACAAGAGGGAAAGCUAGCUCAGGAAGAGAGGAAACUUGCCAGAGAUCAUGGGAAACUGAUUCAGAGAGAUAGGAAAAUGGCCCAGGCAGAGAGGAAGCUAGUCAAGAAAGAGGAAAAAUUGGCCCAAAGAGCAGUGUGGCUAAGCAGGGCAGAGAAAUUGGCCCAGAAUAGGACGAAACUGGCCAGAAAAUUGGAGAAACUGGCUGGCAAAGAAGAGAAAAUAGCAAAGAAAGGAGGGAAGCUAGCUGAGGUUAAAACUAUAUUAGUCCCAAAAAUGGAGGAAGUGAUCCAAAAGGAGCAAGAUCUGGCAUGGCAGGAAAAGGAGCUAACCCAGGAAUUGGAGGAGAUGACAUGGGAAGAGGAGGAAAUGGCUUGGAAAGAAGAGCAACUAAAUCAGGAAGAGGAGGAAUUAGCUAACGAAGAGGAGAGACUGGCUCAGAAGGAGAAGACACUGGCCUGGAAAGAGGAUCAACUGGCUAUGGAAGAUGAAAAACUGAUCCAGGAAGAAGAGCUGGUGAUCCAGGAAGAGAAUAAACUGGCUGAGGACAAAGAAUUUAUGCCUGAGGAAGAAGAAAGGCUUGCCCGGAAAAGGGAGCAAUUGAUGGAGAAUAAGGAAAAAAUGGCCCAGGAAAGGAAAAUUUUGAUCCAGAACAAAGUGGAACUUGCAAACAAGAAGAAAAUACUAGCCAAGAAGACGACGACUCUGGAUCAGGAGAAGAAGAAGCUGGGUCAGGAGAAGGUAAAAUUGAUUCAUAGAAAAGAGAACUGGCACCAGCUUAAAGAAAACCUUUCCCAGAAAAAAAAAGAAUUAGUGCAAGUAAAGGAGAAACUGGACACGUACAAAAAAAAAUUGUUUCAGGUAGAGGAGACGCUGGUGAAGGAAAAGGAGGAAAUUUCCCAGAAGAAGGAGAAACUGGCCAAUGUAGAGAAAAAACUGGCCCAAGUAGAGGAAAACCUGGCUGAGAAACAGCAGAAGCUAGCCCAGGACAAAAUGAAAUUCACUAUCGAGAAGAAGGAAGUACUUCAAAAACUGAACCUGCUCAGUAGAGAAGCUGAUAUUACUAAGAAAGAAAAGAAAUUUGGCAUGACAAUGAAGAAACUGGCCCAGGAGAAGGUGAGACUGGUUGAAGAAAAGGAAACUCUCUCAAAGGGAGAGAUUCAAGAAACCUCAACACAGAGGAAACUGAAUAAGAAUGAAAUAGAACUACUUAAAAGGAAAUUGUCACUAGUGGAGAAGAUACUGGCAUAUGAAGAUAGGAUAUUGGCCACAAAACAAAGUAACAUUGCCAAAGAAAAAUUAGAACUUGCCAGAGGAGAGAGAGUUUAUGCCCAGGAAGAAAGGAAGCUAACCAAAGAAAUAACAAAGUUGACUAAAGGGAACAUUUUCAAGAAACUGUCAAAAAUGAGCAAAACAAUCAUAAAGGUACUUCAAAACCUUAUCAAAAAAGAAAGGAUGGUAACCCAGGAAGAAACACAGAUGACACAGAUAACAAGGUCAUUCUUGGAUCAGGAAAGAAUACUGAACAAAGAACAAAAAGAACUUGAUGCCAGGAAGUUGGAUAUUUCUGAGAAACAAUCAGAAAUGACCCAAGAUGAGGAGAAACUGGCUAGGAAACAGAGAAAACUGGCCAAAGAAAUAAGAAGAAUGAUAAAGAAAGAGAAAAAAAUAACUGAGGAGGAAAACAGACUAUCCAGGCAACGGAGACAAAUCAUGAAGGGAGAAGAGGAGGCAGGAACAACAGAGGAAGAAGAAGAAAUGUCAUUUCUUAAACAAAAGCAAAGUAAAAAAAAACCACUAAAGAGAGUUAAAAUGUCACAAGAAGAAUUUCCCAGUCAGGGGGAUGAAGUAGAAAGUGAAGAGAGCUUUUCUGGAAAAAUGGAAAGCCUGUUAGAUCAAGUGGAGCGAGAGAGUUUGUCUGAAGAGGAAGAAGAAGAGGAGGAGGAAGAAGAGGAGGAGGAGGAAGAAGAGGAGGAGGAAGAAGAAGAAGAGGAGGUGGAGGAAAAGAAGAAGAUGAAGGACAAAAAAGAGGUGGAGGAAGAGGAGGAGGAAAAGGAGAAAAAGACAAAGAAAAAGAAGAAGACGGCAGCAGUGGCAGCAGAGGAGGAGAAGGAAGUGUUGGAGAAGGAUGAAAGCAUGAUUAAGGAAGAGCUAGAAAGUUUGAGUGAGAAAGAGAGAGUGGCGCAAAGUUCAAUGGAAGAAGUAGACAAGGAAAAAGAGAUCUUUAAAAAAGAAAUAUUAUUUAAGUUACAAGAAAAAAGAGGAAAGGAUCUAGAAAGAAAAGAAACAGUCCCUUCUGUUAGAAAAAGAACUCCUGAGGUCAAAGACAGGGAUAUCAACCUGGAAAUUCCAAAGAUCCCUUCCAAGAAACUGAUUUCAGUAGCUCUGGGGAGGGAAAAGACUAUACCAGUGCCAGAGUCUAAGAAACAAAUACCCUGGAAAGAUAAGGCCACAGUACUUGAGACACCCAGGAUAUUCCCAGAGACAAAAUUUAUGGAAAAGCAACGUGAGCUAUUGAAGAAAUAUCAGCCCAUUCCUCCACAAGUUUUGGAUACAGUUUUGGAGUCUCAAGAGCCAUAUUUCAAGACCCCAUAUUUAUCCCACAUAUUGAGGAAGAGCAAAAAAGAACAGAAACUCCAAGGCAAACCACUAGGGGAUAGGUGGCAGUGGCUUUCGAAGCAUCAUCCAACUCUGAUGGGACAAACUAAGGUACAAUUACCUGUGCCCCAAAUCCCAGCUGAGGAAGUAUCUGCAGAUGUAAGCCUCUCAGAUAUAGAAUGGAUCCACCAUGUCCUAGAACAGACAGAGUCAGGAAAACAGCUUUCCAGAGAUAGUUUCCACAGAUUGUGUCAGCUUGUCAAAGAUCUUAUCUCAAAGGGAACCUUAGAGUGGAUGCAUCUAGCCAAACUUGAAGCUAUCAUUUACCGUCACAGGCAGGUUCUGGAAUCACAAAGCACAUGUAUCUCAAAACCCAGUACUAAGCUCAUGGGUCCUAAGUACUUGAAAGUGAUCCCUCCUAUAAAAAGAAAGGAAAAGGAAAGCCAUCUAAAACCUUUGGCUUUUUCCUCAUUAGCUAAAAAAAGGAUUCCAGACCCAAAGGCUAUAAAUUGGCAACUUCUAGGAGAACCUUACAGGAGUGCACGGGCAGAGCAGAUAUUCAGUGCCCUUAAGGAUAUGGAGAAGCAACACGUUUAUCCUGCUACAAGAGACAUUGUCACAGGUGCCCAUGCCUCUGUAGAAAAACAAAUGCUAGCACUGAUGUUUCAAAAGGACUUCUGGGCUUUUAAGGAUAAAAGCAGGUUUCCCAGAUUGCCCAAGAUGGAGAAGAUGACACAGCCCAGCUCUAAAAAACAGGAAGAAGUGCCUCUAUGGGAGACAUUUGUGGCACUCUACCAUGUUUUACGGAUGUUGCAGGAGCAAUACGCAGGAGACAGUGCUGCUUGGACAGAAAAAUUCUACCACCUCAUGGACCUGUACCAAUUUAAGUCCCCUGGAAUCCAGAGAUUGCUACAGGAGCUGCUACUGAGAGAGGAACCCCAAUCCCAUAAGAUCAUCUACAAAGAGGCCCUAAAGGCCAUAGAGCUGGUUCCUGGGGAGCGAUUGUUCUACCACUUAUUUUGUGGUCGUUCUCACAUCCCUAGAGGUCCUCUAGAGUUCCAGGAGGUGGUGUCUCUCUCAGGGCAGAACAAUGUGCAUACUAUGCUUCCAAUGGGCAUUGCCCAUUAUGGCAUCUUAGAACUUGCCUGGAAGAGCCUGCCCCAAGCUGAUAUUCACCUCACCAAGGAAUUGACCCACACUGUGGCUCCUACCCCAUAAUUUGGGACUGACUGGACAUCAGGACUUUUCAUUCCCACCUGGAGAAAGGUCUUGCCACCAGAUCUAGACCUUUAUUCCUAGGGCCCAUACAGAGGUAGGGCCAGGCCAAAGCCCUUUCCCUACCCAGCUCCAGAAGCCAGCUUCUAUAUGUGGAAUAAAGAUGAAGUUCCCAUAUCCAACAAGCUCUGUGAUAUGUCCUUUUUCUUCAAAUGUUGCUUCUCCAGAAAUGUAGCCAUGGACACCAGAUACAUACAUA